AGAGUCACCGAAUCCCCACGGUCCCCACGGUCCUCCCCGCCAUGCUACGAAUCUCGUUGGUCAGCGGUCGAUCCACUGCGGUAAACUUUGACGACCAGAUCUCCCUGGGGGAGGUCAAGGCGUUUGCACAGCGAGACUUGCGCGUAGGCUUCUUGCGACUCUCCUGCGGGGGUCGCAUCUUAGAUCCCAAGCAGACUGCCGCGGAAGCGGGUCUGAAGGAUGGCGACUGUGUGACGGGCAUCGUUCAGGAGGCGCAGCUGGCGGCCACCAGUCGCGCCUUUGCCAUCCACUGCCACAACCCCGCGGUGAACGUUGUAACGUGGGGUCAUGUCCACUACGGUGCAGAUGAUCACAGCACCGUGCUGGGCGAUCAGCGCUCGGGGCGGAAUGUCACUGCGAUCCAAGCCAAUCUGAGUGCUUUUGCGGCCAUCCUGGACGACGGAGCAGUGGUUGCCUGGGGUGAUCCUAGAGCCGGGGGCGACUACAGUUUGGUGCGGCAUCGCUUGACAAAUGUCAUUGCAAUCCAAGCCACCGACGAGGCGUUUGCCGCGCUCAGAUCCGAUGGACAAGUCGUCGCAUGGGGAUCUCAAAGACAUGGUGGCCUUUCGCUAGAUGUCCUUCCAGCAUUGCGCAACGUCACCCAAAUUCAAGCGACCCAGAGUGCAUUUGCCGCCCUCCGCAGUGACGGGUUCGUAUCGGCCUGGGGUGAUGAUGCCUGUGGAGGGAACACACGGCUGGUGCAGUUCGAUCUGAAGAAGGUGACACACAUUCAAUCAACCAACGGUGCAUUUGCUGCCAUCAGAGAGCAUGGGUCUGUAGUGACCUGGGGUGCCAAAAUGUGUGGUGGUGACAGCCAUUCCGUUCAACCUUUGCUGCACAAUGUGAAGAAGAUUCAAUCGAACAGGUAUGCAUUCGCUGCUUUAAAAGCAGACGGAUCUGUUGUAACUUGGGGAGCUCAAAGUCGUGGUGGAAACAGUCUCGCAGUUCAAGCAUCUCUUGUCAAUGUGCAAGAGAUUCAAGCCACCGACUAUGCUUUUGCUGCAAUCUUGGCCGACAGGACAGUUGUUGUUUGGGGGGAUCCACAGCAUGGUGGAUCCUUCACAUCCGGCAUUCUGGACCCCAAUUCGAUUUCCGAGAUCCGAAAUGUGGCGGCGAUUCAAUCCACCAAGUCCGCCUUUGCCGCAAUCUUGGCCGAUGGAUCAGUGGUGUCCUGGGGUUGGCCAGAUCAUGGCGGGGACAGUUGGGAGGUACAAGAUCGCUUGAAGGAUGUGAAGCAGAUUCAAUCCAACAAUUUUGCAUUUGCUGCGCUGUUAGGAGACGGAAGCGUUGUCACCUGGGGUAAUGCAGGCUACGGUGGUGACAGCAGUGCUGUCGAGCACCGGCUUCGUGGACCGGUAGUGAAGAUCCAGGCGACUCAGACGGCCUUCGCGGCGAUCCUGGCAGAUGGAGCGGUGGUGACCUGGGGAUACGACAGUGAAGGUGGGAGCAGCAGCCCUGUUGAAAGGGACCUCAUCUACAUAUGA